CGAAUCUCCACAUCCACCGCCAGCCCCACACACUCUCCUGCGCAACGCUCUCUCUCCUCCGCCACGCUCACACGCACAAAUAAACAAACACGGAACCAAUUCAUACCAUUCGUUGAGGGGUCCCGCACCCAGGAACCAGUAGCCAUGGCCUUGACCGAGGGCUCAAGGGCAAGGGCCUUCUGCACCCUCUUGAAGAAUCUCAUCCUCGCCGCACUUCUCUACGCUGUCAUCUUUGGCAUAAUCAACUUGGUGAGCGACCCCAGUGUGGCCACGAAGGGCAAACUAGGAAUCCCCGCUUUCCUCGACAAGACUGGCCCUACUGAACUCAUCAAGACCACGAAAGCCGGCGUCCAGGUCAAAUUCGCGAGCUCUCCCAAGACCGUUACCAUCAACCCGCAUGCCAAUGUCUUCAAUCGCCCCGUCAGCGCUGUUCACAUCAAGGACGACUUCAUGGGCCCCCGACCCCACGUGGAUACCGAGGCCGACCUGAAAAUGCUGGUGGAGGAGUGCAGGGGUACCUACGAUGGCAUUGAGAAGAUGCGUAACGUUUUCGACUGCCUCAAGUUCUUCGCCGAUGGAGAGGACCGCUACUACUCCCUUCCCAAGGAGUCUGCCCGCGCCAGCGCCCAGGAUCCCCGCAAGGCCGAAUAUGUGAACGCGGAUGGAAAUAACAACUCCCUCACCAAGUACGUUUCUCCCACCGAAGCUGUGGCUGCCAAUGGCUCCGACAUUGGCACCUGCUCUGGACCCAUCAUUCCCUACCAUGUAUACUGGACUGGUCCUGCGACCUGGCGUGUUGAGGUCUUUGUCAAAAGUUAUCUAUACACUCAGAACCUGGCCUGCUCGCGCCUCUGGAUCUGGCUCGACAGCGAUAGGAAUCCAAAGGCAGUGGACGAUAUGCUGAACAAGGAUGCCCUUUUCGUACGCUUCCUCCCCCUUGUCCGCCGUGGUGACAUCGUCUUGAAGGCCUGGAAGUUCCCCUCCCGAAUUCCUCUCCCCAAGGAUGACGAACAGAAGAACGGAUAUGGUUACUACAGCAGCCCGGGAAAGCCCAACAUCAAGGGCGAGAAGACGGUCGCGGAAAACAUCGUUGAAGAUAAAUCCGGACAGCAGUGGCUCGUGCUUACUCCGAAACAAAUGACAUUCCUGCCUGUCGCUGUCUCAGAUGCUGUUCGAUUCGUCGUGUUGCACAUUCACGGUGGCGCCUACUUCGACAUGGAUGUAUUGAUGCUUAGAGAUAUGCGCCCUCUGUUACUACCAAAGGAGCACGCAUUCGCAGAGCGAUGGGCCGCCCAUCCUCACCCAGGAGACUACAACACUGCCAUCAUGUCGCUCACUGCUAAUUCCUCGAUCUCCUCCUACUUGCUCUACGGCGGAAUCCGUAUGGGACUCAAUUUCCAUCCCCGAGUUCUGGGACGCAUGGCCUGGAAGGACAACCGCGACCAGGAAUUCCUCAUGUUGGAGACGGGCGCCUUCGACCCAAUCUGGACCGAGUUCAACUGGGACCGAGAGGGUCGAUGCACGGUUCCGUGCCUGCGAGAUUACGGCGCUGCAUUCAAAGGCAAGAAGGGAGCAUUGAAGGACGAGUGGGAGAGCUACGAUGGCCCGCAAUUGAAGGCUAUCGAUCUCGAAAAGUCACAGAAAGAGCUGCGAGUCCGUGACGAGGCUGAGGCUGAUGGACCCGCGUCGACCCCCUCAAAGCUCAUCAAGCGGGGCCGUGAGGAUCAAGACAACGUGCCAGCUUCGGCAGCGGCGCCCACCCCGAAGGUCGAACACGCCGACUCUUUCCAGGCAACCCCAGAUGAGGAGACCGAAUUGCGAAAGGCCGGCGUGGUUGCAGAUUACAUCCUUGCCGAGGAUAAGUUCCCGCCGAACAACCGUACAUUGGAGAAUUUCUUCCGCGGUGCCUGGACCUAUCACAUUCACAAUCAGUGGCUGAAGCACCCCGAACCGUCGUCUUGGAUCUCCAUUCUCGAACAUGCACACGAUGGAUUCUUCGCAGGCACUCGCACCAACAUCUACGGUGAGAAGUGGACUGGCAUGGACCUUGCGCCAUACAACCAUUGGCCCGAGUUUGUUUGAACCCGGCCAGCAUCGCAUUUACCUUCCCCCUUCACCGUGGUCGACACAAGACCACCGUCGUGAAGGACGCCGCUUCGCAGGUUUCGUCAAUGAGAAGGACGAUUCGUCACUUCUCAUGAAGGACCUGCGUGGUGGUUUGCUCUGUUGUUCGAAGGACGAGUAUCUUUGAUCAAUAGACGCGUACACCACAUGAUUGACGUUUCGCUUGCCGGAACCUCUG